AGCCGUUAGCCGCUGGUUAACGGUUCCUCAACGCCUUGCUGUGCCCGGUGUUCAAUAUGUAGCUAACGUUACACUGAAAUAUUCUCGGAAGCAGUAAAACGGAUCCUCUGUCACUAAAGUGUAACAUUAGAACAAAAAGAAAACACUGGAACUGCCCCAACGUUGGCGGUUGGGAUCCGUUAGCGCCCCCUAGGCUGUGUGUGGAUUUGCUCGGCUAACGUUUGUUUGGUAAAACUGUGCUAGCAUCACCAUCGUGAGGUUAAAGAGAGUCUGCGUGGAGUGAAACGGAUAACAUCCAGUGCUGACAUAGCUGUGUUGAUGAGAGGUGAUAAAUCAUGGGUAGAUGGAACUCAUGAAACUGCCAAAAUGUCGUCAAUCCUAGGACUCCCUACACGAGGAUCAGAUGUAACAAUUGUCAUAACCAAGGUCCACUUGCAUCCCCUGUGUGAGCUGGUGGAGUUCUGGGGUAAAUUUAGCCAGGAGAGGACAGCAGAUUAUGAGUGCCUGGCCAAAGACAUUCAGUCUCCUGGAAACACCUUUCAAGAGUUUGAAGGAAAUCCUGGUGACCAGUGCUUGGUUCACAUAGAUGGUACCUGGUACAGAUCCCGCAUAGUGUCAAGGAGUGGCUCUAAAUACAGUGUGUUCCUCAUUGACAAAGGGAUGACAUAUGGCACUACCAAAAGUAAACUAGCAUGGGGUAAGAAGAAUCACUUCCACCUGCCACCAGAAGUGGAAUUUUGUGUGCUAGCUAACGUGUUACCACUCUCACCUGAGAACAGAUGGUCUCCACUGGCUCUUGAGUUCCUGAAAUCUCUCUCUGGGAAGUCAGUGAAGGCACAUGUGCAAGAUGUACUGGUACCACACAGAACAUUUCUCCUGUACAUCCCUUGCAUAUCUAAACAACUGUAUGAGAUGGGAAUUGCCAAGAAGCUGUCUCCAGACAUGUUCCAGGGCUUUGUUCUUAAGUCACUGCAGUCCCACAGUGAAGCUGAAGUGCAUCCGGAGACUCUGCAGAUCUCUGUGGGAGCAGGUGAGCGACUGCGCAAGCAAGAGCUCUUCAUGUACCCAGAGCUGCCAGCAGGAACUGUGGAGACCGUCGUAGUCACAGAUGUGACAAACCCGCAGCGGAUUUUUUGCCAGUUGAAGGUGUUCUCACAAGAGUUGAAGAAACUCUCAGAGCAAAUCACACAGUGCUGUGAGGGCAGAAUGACCAACUGCAUUGUAGGUCCAGAAAUGAUUGGAUAUCCAUGUGCUGCAAGAGGAAGUGAUGGCCGUUGGUACCGCUCUGUUCUACAACAGGUAUUCCCAACCAGCAAAGUGGUGGAAGUGUUAAACGUUGAUUAUGGAACAAAACAGUUUGUUCAAGUGGAGAAUGUACGGCCACUGGCGGCAGAGUUCUUCAGGAUGCCUGUUGUGACUUACAUCUGCUCCCUACAUGGAAUCAUUGACAAAGGGGUUGGGUGGACAACCAGCCAGAUUGACUAUCUCAGGAGCCUCCUUCUGUACAAGACAGUGAUCGCCAAAUUUGAGUAUCAAAGUGUCUCUGAGGGUGUUCACUAUGUCACGCUCUAUGGGAGUGAAAACAUGAACAUUAACAACUUGUUUGGUUCCAAGGAGAACUGUUCGCUCGAGUGUGAAAAAACUCUUGGAGAUUAUGCCAUCCGUAACUCUGCAUACAGCCGCCAGCAUCCAGCUUCACAAGAAAUAAAUCAAAGAUUAAAGAUAUCAGCUCCUGGACAGGCAGUAGAGGAAAAAGAAGGGAAAGGAAAAGUGUUGAAGUUGCCAGCUGAAGACCUCUCUCUCAACUCCUCUCACAAGGCAGUAGUUCAGCACAUCUCUGACCCAUCAGAGUUUUGGAUCCAGACACAGAACUACGUAAAUGAGUUGGAUGAAAUGAUGGAUAGUAUCUACCAUCUGUACAAAGAUUCAGUGAAUAAAGAUGGGGUGAGAAAUCCAACUGUAGGGCUCUACUGUGCUGCCAAGGCAGAAGAUGGUGAUUUCUACAGGGCAACAGUGGCUGAAGUCGAUGAUGCACGGAUCAAGGUGUUCUUUGUUGAUUAUGGAAACACUGAAGUGGUUGACAGGAAUAAUAUCAGGACCCUUCCCGACGAGUUAAAAAAGCUGCCGUGUCUUGCACUGAAAUGCAGCUUGGCUGGUGUCAGGCCAAAAGAUGGGAAAUGGAGUCAAAGUGCCUGUGAUUUUUUCAUCAAAGCAGUCACAGAUAAAACCGUAAAUAUAAAUGUGACAGCAAAAUAUGAUGAGGGCUAUGUUGUCCAACUAACAUGUCCUGAAGUACAGGGAGAAAGAGAUAUUGCAACACUGAUGUGUAGUUCUGGCCUUGCUGAAGGGGCUGAGACCCAGAGACAACCCAAAGCCAACAUGACCACACAACCCGCUGUCCUGCCUCCCACACAACUUCCAGUUGCCAGACUAUCAGCUGUUUACAAGAACACAGCUGGCCCUACCAGUAAUGAAAGAAGAGUUCCUACAUUCAAGGAGCACAUGUUUCCAAUCGGAAGCAUCCUUGAUGUCAGUGUGUCCUACAUCGAAAGCCCAAAUGACUUCUGGUGCCAACUAGUGCAGAACACAGCGCACUUAAAAUUGCUCAUGCAUGAUAUACAGGCCCAUUAUGCAGGCAGUGAGUUUCAGCCCCUCGUAGAAACGGCUUGUGUUGCUCGCCACCCUAAUAAUGCAAUGUGGUACAGAGCCCUUGUAAUUCACAAACAUGAAACGCCUCAUGUGGAUGUGUUGUUUGUUGACUAUGGCCAGAUGGAGACAGUCUCCCUCUACGACCUGAGGAGGAUCUGCCCACAAUUCCUCACUCUACAUGGCCAAGCUUUUCGAUGCAGUCUGUUGAACCCUGAUGACCCCACGUCUGCCACAAAUGAGUGGAGUGAUGAAGCAAUAGCAAGGUUCCACAGCUUCGUGGAAACUGCCGCAUCCAACUUUGUGAUUUUGAAGUGCACCAUCUAUGCUGUCAUGUACAGUGAGCAGAGGAUUGUUUUCAACAUGGUGGAUCUGGAAACUCCCUUUGAAAGUGUCUCCACCAGUAUGGUCAAUCUAGUGAAAAGUGCACCUCCCAAGAAAGCCACUGGGCCAUCUUUCCGUCUGGACACGUACUACUACUCAACACACAACAUCAAAACUGGAACAGAAGAACGGGUCACAGUGACAUGUGUGAACAACGUCAGUCAGUUCUACUGCCAGCUCGAGAGGAACGCUGAUGUGAUAAAAGAUCUAAAGAUCAAAGUGAGUAAUCUCUGUCGUCAGCUUGAGAAUGUAAAGCUCCCAACAGUCUUUGGGACUUUGUGUUUUGCAAAGUACACUGAUGGGCAGUGGUACAGGGGACAGAUCAAGGCCACAAAACCAGCCAUUCUGGUUCAGUUUGUGGAUUAUGGUGACACUAUUGAGGUGGAAAAAUCUGACUUGCUUCCAGUUCCCAGAGAGGCCAAUGACAUAAUGUCUGUGCCUGUGCAAGCAGUUCUGUGUAGUCUCUCUGAUGUCCCUGACGAUGUUCCCAGUGAAAUGAACAGCUGGUUUGAGAAAAGUGUGACAGAAUGUACAUUUCGAGCGCUAGUAGUGGCCCGAGAACCUGAUGGGAAACUGCUGGUUGAACUGUAUCAUGGAAAAACCCAGAUUAAUUCAAAGAUCAAAAAGAUGUUUCGGAUUGAGAUGCACACAGAAGAACAGGUUGUCUGCCACGGUCAGAGAGCGAUGGAGACUUCAACUAAUCGUGCACAAAAGACUCCAAAAGCUGUCCCAAAACAAGUUGCAGGAAUGGAAGAUCACACUCAGACUACCAAGAUUACUGUCUCUGCCCCCAAACCAGUGCUUCCAAUGAGGGAUGGCGACAUAAAUCAGCAGUCUGCACUGAAGCCUUUGCGCUUUGAUUGUAAAGACAGUCAGAAGGCCAAAGCUGCUCCACUGGAACUGUACAGACCUCCACACCAAAGGCAGUCACGUGAAAAGAUACCAAGUAAUACGGGAAAUGAUUCUGGGCCAGCCGGUGGCUGUAUCGAACCCAAAAAAGGAAGUCGUCCCACAGAAACCAAACCACUCGAGUCCAAACCACCUGCCACAGAGUCUCAGGAGAAGAGUAAUGAAAAACUACCUAAACUUGCAGACCUGCCCUCGAAAUCUAUCACAUCAGGUAUGGAAGCCGAUGUUUUUGUGUCACACUGUAACAGCCCAUUGAGUUUCUACGUGCAACUUGCCAGAGAGGAGAAUGAAAUAUUUUCCCUUGUGGAAAAGCUCAAUGAUCCCCUCUCCUCCCCCCAAACUGACAUUACUGACCUGCAGCCAGGUGACCUUGUUCAAGCAGAGUUUGCAGAUGAUUCCUCAUGGUACCGAGCAGUUGUAAAAGAAAUCCACAGUAGCACAGGGGCUCUUGUUGAAUUUGUUGAUUUUGGAAAUACGGCAGUGGUGCCAAUUUCUAAGAUAUGCAGACUCCCCGAGUAUUUCUUGCAACUUCCCAUGUACAGCACACACUGUAUGCUGAGCGACACUGCAGCACUUGGAAAAGAGGGAGUGCUUGAUCCAGAAGUGAUGUCCGCUUUCAAAGAAGACAUCAGUGGUAAUGGGGAAAAGGUGCUUAAGUGCCAGUUUAUCAGGCAGUCAGGAUCCAUGUGGGCAGUCAGGCUUGAAGACAAAGGUUUGAAUGUUUCUGAAAUCGCCACAGAGAAAUUUAAGCAAGUUGAGGAAAAACCUGCUGAUGACUCUGACUUGAGGCAAGUGCCAGAGAACUCACAGAAAUUGCUAUCGAACACCUAUCUCCGUUACCACCAGCAAGAGUUUUUAGAGGGACAAAGGUUGGAGGCCUACAUUGCAGCUAUAAACGAUGCACAGACAUUUUGGUGUCAGGCUGCGGACUCAGAAGAGCUUGAUAAGAUAACAUCACGCGUCUCAGAAGUUGGGGAUACAGCUGAUCACAAGCAUAUUGACCCAGGCUCCCUCUCCCCUGGCAGCCCAUGUGUUGCUCUCUUUCCAGAUGAUCAUCUCUGGUACCGAGCAGAGGUCAUAGACAAAGAUGGAGACGAGCUGUCUGUUCUCUUUGUGGAUUAUGGAAACAAGUCCCAAGUCAGUAUUAUAGAUGUGAGAGAAAUGCCCUCUGACCUGAUGGAAACUCCACCACAGGCAUUUUUGUGCAAGCUUGAAGGCUUUGAUGAUUCACAUGGAUACUGGGACAGUGGUGCAGUAGAUGAGUUGUCAGCACUUACAGUAGACAAAGAACUACAGCUAACUGUCACUAGAGUGACAAGAGACGAAGGAAAAAUCAAAUGCUGUGUGCUGAUGGAAUGUGAGGGCCAGGUGAUAAAUGAGGCACUGAAAACCUGGUGGAAGAGCUCCACGACAGAAAAAGAGCCCGGUGCAGUUGGAACGGACUCAACUGUGAGAGAGAGUGCACCACUCGAGGAUCAGCUAGAUCCCCAAAGUCAAGAAAUGGAUACUGCUGUAGCUUGUAAGACUUUGGUGGAAGGAACUGAAGUGGAGGAUGCUUCAGUGAUGGACACUGUUGGGCCAGAGGACUUGAACUCUCCAGUGGAUGAGAACCCUACGGAGGCCAUCGAUGAGUCCGAGAUUGCAGAGACUGACUUGGAGACUUUGCCUGAAGAGGUGAAUACCUACAGCAGCUGUGACGUUCUUAUUUUUUCUGAUCCAGCUGAGGAAACAGACAACAGCAAAGUCCCUAUUGCAAGGGAUCGUCCUCUUGACAGUACAACAACAGUGAAAAUGGUGUCCCGUGAUGCUGUUUGUCCCAGGGGGAGCAUUGAUCCGGUACAGAUUCAGCCUGAAUUGGCGCUACCUGCCUGUAUGCUCCGUGCAUUUGAAGUUCCUACAGAGCACGAAAGUGAAGCUGGAGAAUGUGUCCCAAAGGAAGAGAUGCCCUGUGCUACUAUCCAUGUUGAGAAUGACUCGAUGGCUGAAGAGGAGACUUUGGCACACCAUGAGCAUACAUAUUCAGCUCUGCUAGCUGACGCUGACACAACAGCCAGUGAAGAUGCUGACACAGCAGCCAGUGAGCCACACACCUGCACAGCUCCCUCUCAAGAUUCGGGAGACGGGGUUGAAGAAGUGACGUGUUGUGUUGAAGAGGCCUGUUUGAUAGAUGUAUGCACAGAUCCAAAAGAGCAACAUGAUGAUGGUGAAGUAACCGUUGCUACAGAUGAUUGUCUCAGCAGUAGAACAGCAGAGGAAAUGGUCCAAAAUAAUUCACUGCUUUCUUAUGGGGACCUUCCUUGUGAAAAAUUAAUUGCUCUGCCGUCUGACACUGAGCCACAGGCCUACAUAGUUCCCUGUCCAGAUUUGAGUCAUCUGGUUGAAGAGGUGACCUGUCUUGUCGGAGAUAUCUGUCUGUCAGACGUCUGCAGAGACCCGCAAGAAGAAGCUGAAACAGAGGACAGUGAGCAGCUGGUGCAAACACCCCCCAGGCAAAAUGAGGAUUUCAGCGAUGAUGUGCUUGAGGAAGACAUGUCAUCUUUUGCUGAUGACAGUUUUGAGGCCCAGCUGUCAAAGAUAACUCAUCUCUCCCUGAUCAUCAGUGACGGUUCUGCUGAUAUUCUGUCUGUGGAGCAGCAGCCAGAGGAGUAACCCCACCCUCUGUUUCUGUCCUGUGCCUUUAUCAGACACCUCAAAUGAAAAAUGCAUUAACUGCUUAUGUUUUUAGUUUUAUCGAACAGUUUAAAGUUCAGGGUUUUUUUCUUUGUUGUGUUUCUUCUGUAAGUCCUCAAUGGCAGUGUUGAUUUAUUGGAUUGACCUGACAGGUCAUCUUUAUCCUCAGGCCCAAUGGCUGAUUUCAUUGUUCCGAUUGGAAAACAACCACCUGGUUAAAAGUGCCUUUGUACAUUAAUAGUUGUGAAUACCUUAAAUGUGCUUGCCCAGUUACUUAGAGCACUGUUGUGUUACAGAUGACCUGUUCUGAUAAAAUGCCUCCUAAUUCUUUCAGAAGUACUGAAUGUUAUGUUGAAUUUAAAAUACUGAUUUGAGUGUUUGUGGCAAGUUUUCUGCAUUUGGUGUGGAUACAAGAUUUAUGUUGGCACAAUAAAUAUCAUUGCAGCUCUA